AUGGAGGUAGAUAAUUCUGUUCAGGAAGAUGGUGAAGAUUGGCAAGUGGAAUGUAGUGAUGAUGAAAAGUAUGAAAUCGGUCCAAGCGAUAUAAUAAAUGUUUUUAAUUUACUAAAUGAAGGAAAGUAUGAAUUUGACUGCAAACUAACUCGAAAGGAAGAAACUGAGAAAAAGUCUGUUGUUCGUGAAGUUGCUCUGGAGAAGAAUGGCGUCGAAGUUGAUGGAGAUUCAGUUAAAGUUAAAACCUCUGCAACUAAAUCACCAGAAGUCACAGUCCAAAAAGAAAUGAGCAUAGCAGAUGAAUUCGAUUUGGAUAGUGCAAAUGAGUCAAAAGAAAUAUUGGCACCACGAAGAACCAUUGGAUCAGCUAAGGCCCUCCGAACUACAGAGAAAAAAGUUGCUCAAUGGGAUAAAAUUAUGAAUGACUUUUUGAAAACUCAAAAACAAUAA